AUGGGCCCUACGGUAAACGCUGCUUCCCUACAUGGAAUUCCUAAAGAGAUUCAGCUGAGGAUCUUCCAAAAAUUGAGCGUUGAAGAUGUUGAGAGUCUGGGACAGACAAGUUCAUACCUAAAAUCAUUCAUUCGCUCGAAUCGGAAGUAUUUGGCUCGACUUUCUCGUCAUUUGGAUGUGGACAUGGAGAAGAAAGAGUGUAGAAUACGAAGAGAAUCGACUUCAAAUCAAGUUACUUGUCAAUGCAUGCUGGUAAGUCUUCAAUUUCUUGUUUUUUAAUACCUUUAAUCGUAUAAUAUAACCUUUGGCAGUUCGCGUCCUAUUUACAUAUUUUCUUUCGGUAAAAAUGUUGCAAGAUGUUGGGCAAAUGAUGUGACUUAUAUAAUUAUUCUUCGAUUAUUUUAGGACGAUUCUGAGCAACAUCUGCAGGACAUCGAGGUCUCCACGUUGACUUUAUCUGGCCCAUUGAGAGAUGAAGGUGAUCUUGAAAAGCUGGUGUCUGUUCUCAACAACACCCGACAACUCCGAAUCCGCUCUUUCCACAUGAAGAAGAUGAUCGUGCAAAACAAGUCGCUCUGUGAGCGUUUGUAUCAAUUGCUGGCAAAUGGAACUUGUCAUGUAAGUAUACACACUUCAUAGUGUGAGAUACGUUUUCACUUUUCUCAUCUGAUUCCAUUUUUACUUCUUGUUUUUAGGCGAUCAGCCUGGAAGAAUGCCAAUUGGCGUGCGGAUUUAACUCUACUCAAGCAGAUCGCAUGAAUGAAUUGAUCCAAUUUACGGUCAAAGAUUGUGCGCCCAUGAACGGACUGAAUCUUCUAAACAAAUAUUUGAGUAAGCUGGCCAUGGAGAUGAGGUUCCGGAGCAAGAAGAGCAUGCCUUUCUAUGCUGAAGCUCCCGAUCUUACAGUUCAAGAGGUCUGCAACUUUAUCAAGGUAAAUUUUAUAUUAUACUUGGCACCAACUGUUAUUUUUACAUACCCUUGUGAAUUGUUUGGUUUUAGAGCUGGAUAAACAUUUCUGAGGCGCCAGGCUUCCAGAUCUAUGUGACGCAAUGCGACACUCUCUUCUUCCAUGAUUUCCUCGCCGAAUGUGAGCGUCAGAACCUUGUUCAUCGUCAUCUUCAGUUCAAUUCAAAGGCUCGGCCGAUGGCUCAUAUCCAAUGCCAAUACGACACCCAACUGAAGAGAUUCCAGAUCUAUCCGAUUGUUGA